AUGCAGCUCGGUCUAUCUGGCUCUACGAACGCUGGGUCCAUCGUAAGUGAAGAUAUUGAAGCCUGGCACACCCAGUGCCGCAGUGGACACACGGGGCCCGUUUUCUGCGUGUCUGCAGACACUGUGUGUGGCUUACUAGCUACCGGAGAUUCAGAUGGAAGCAUCCGGAUCUGGGAAGAGGCUGAAGGAAAAUGGAAUCAGCUCUCUUCUUUUUGCCUUGGAGUCCCCGGGGUGUUGGUGGGUCUCCAGUGGGUCCCUUGCGGUGGCUGUUCUCCACAGAUGUCCCUUUGUCUACUACACGAUAAUGGCCACCUGGUUUGUGUGACAGUUGAGGGCCAGCGCCUAUGGUCGCGUGAUGUGAAGAAGUGUUCCUGCUUCUGUGCUUCUCCCAAUGGAACCGGUUUCGUCCUAGCGUCGAAUGACGGCGAAGUGAGCCUUCAUGACUCUCGGGGUAUUUACAUACGGAAGCUGGGUUCGAAGGUUGAGGCUGCAGGGCAAGGAGUAGCGGCUCUAGCAUGGCAGCCAGGGUCUUGGGCCUUCCGACCAAUUCUAGCUGCGUAUGCAAAUGGCAAGGGCGUGCUCUUGCAGACGGAUGGGGAUGCUCAGCCACUUUCAUUUGAAACCGGCCUUGCUUCAUGCGUAGCUGCGUCGUGGAACCCCUCAGGCAUGCUCGCAGCAUUUCUGGGCCUCCCUGGUUUGGCUGCGUCAUCCGUCGCAAGACAUUCCGCCGGAAAACUGGAAGGAAGUGCAGCGGAGGAAAGAAGGCAGACCCCCGAUGCCUGGACGCUACUGGUGCUGGUGCAGGCAUGCGGUAAGAUAGUUGUCACUAUCAAUUUGGCCAGCGCCGAACCACGGGAGCUGGCUUGGGCCGCCGGUGGCGAAAGGCUUGCUGCGGCGGCGGAAAAUGGAAUUUUCAUCUUUUCCCUGCGCCGUCCUGCUGCGUGCUGCUCCUACGGUGAAAACACGGUGGCAGCGACAGGUCUCUUUCCCCGCAAGCAACUGACAACAGAGGUCUCCUUUCUGCGAGGACCAGGCGACUACCGUACAGUCAGACGGUUUCGGGGGCCCCGCUUUCUCGUAUCGAGAGGAUCUCUGUGUGCGGUCGUGCCGCAAGCCACACCUGCUCUGCCACCUACAUUUUUGUGGCAAAGUGACCGUUUUGGUGCGUUGCUACAGCCACAGCAUCAGGAAGGCCCCCACCGCCUCCCUGACGAUAACGGCUUCCGAGAGUCGCCGACUGCCCUGAGAAGGCCGGCACGAGAAACGGGGCAGGAAGGUUUUCCUGUAGAAUUAUGCGACACUUCAGGCAACACUGUGGAGACCAUUUUAUCGCCUGUUGGUCCGACGCACGCCAUUCUGCUACCUCACUGGCUAGUGAUAGCAGGCAGCUCACACGAUCUUUGGCUUUAUCAUUUGACCCGUAAAGAAAACAACAGAGCGGUGCCGCUGUCUGCACUUGUAGAUUUGAACGUUGUUUGCGAGUUUUCUUCGAGAGACACAAUCAACGGAAGUAUAUGCGCUUUAGAUGGACGUGGCGAAUCCCUAAUAGUAGCGCGAACGACGGGGCAGUUGCUGCGGCUAAGGACCACGCUAACUACGCCCCAUAUUCAGCUCGAGGCCUCUGCCGUUACACCAAGCCACUCAUCUUGUUUUGCCGCAAACCUGUGCGACCCCGUGGAAGCUGUGCUGGAUUACAUGUGGGCUUCAGACCACGACGACCUAAUUGCAGUGCUCCAGCAUAUGGGGAUACUGCUUCUCCACACUCGGUCUCAAGGCGGGGCUCCCUCCUUAUUCUUGGGUGUCGAGGCACCUAAGGAACCACUCGUUGGACCCCUGUACCUGGUUGAGUUUUAUAACCUGCGUGCAAGAGCUCUGUGCUUCUCCACGCUGUUGCAGCAAAAGAUAGCUGAGCCUAAGCAAGAAGCAGUGAGAGUUUUUGAAGCAGAACCACUCCUGCAGAUGCGGCAUUUGCUGGGAGCCAGUCAAAAAAGACCAGGUGAUUCAGGAGGGCUUGCCAGCCUGCAGAAGGCUGCCGCUUUCGCCGCCAGAUUUAACCAUCCCAUCCUUUGGAGACUACUGGCCGAGGCUGCAUUAGCAUUAGAGGACCUGGGAAUCACAGAGGAGGCUCUUGUACGGUGCGAGGACUACUGCAGCUUGCAGGUGCUCAAGCAGGCUCGCCUUCUAAAUCCAAGGGCUGAAGGCAGACCCUUUAUUGCCGCUUUGUCUGGAGAUAUCUUGGGGGCAGGUGCUUUUUAUGAGGCUCAGCAGAAACCAGAGCACGCUGCCCAUUUAUUCAGUUCCUUCGGUAUGUGGGAUGCAGCGUCUGACACUUUGAAAUUAGCUGUCUCUGCGCAUAGCCGGGGAGAACAAAGUUCUUUAAGAAAGGUCAGAAUGGCCUUGGCGGAGGCCUGGAAAGAACAGGGGAACUGGAUACCGGCGAUUGACCUUUACAGUUCUUUGAAACCUCAGGAAGGGCUUCUUGAGGUAUACUUCCUCUCGGGGAGGUACGAAGAACUAGAAAGCCUCGUCUGUAAACUUUCUGAUGUUGACCCAGAAUUGCUCUUACGCGCAGCUCAGUUACUUGCGGCUGCAGGGAGGGGAGCUGCAAGCGCAGAUGCCUUUCUCAAAGCAGGAAGAGCAGAGCUUGCAGUUGAUGCUGCCCUGUAUGGUGGAGAGUGGGUAAAGGCUGUUUCUCUAGCUCGUCAGCACUGUAACAGCACCAAGCUGCAGGUGGUAACCUCCGUUUACAGGAAUGCAAUGCAGCAUCAACAGAAAAAAUGCAGCAGUGCAGAUGUUGUGGAAGCAUUCCUUACUAUAGGCGCAUUUGAGGCUGCUGCCCACGAGCUUGCCAGACUUCCUAGACAGCUGGGCCAUCUACUGCGGAACCCCCGAAAGCAGCGGAAGAUGCACAUCACGGCUGCGUUGCUAGCCCGGAAGCAUCACUUGAGAGCCGGACACAAAACAAUGGAGAGUUUAGACACUCCUUGCCUGAGUACCGCCUGCAACGCCACCAGUGAGAACUCUGCCCUCAAAGGAAGAGUGGCUCUCUCCAUUUCCGCCAACUCCACCAGCGCGGAAGAGGAACACCAUUGGCAUAGUGCUGCGGCAUGCCAUCUGUACCUUCUCUGCUGCUUUCACUUGUCUGAAAAGCGAGCCCGCGCCGCUCUGUGCACGGCAGUGAGACUGUGGGAGUCUUACCAACGGGAGCUUUCUCUUUACCUCAGUGCUCAGCUCCUAUUUAUCUCAGCUUACAAGUCACAGGAAUGGGACCUGUGCUCGCAAGCUUUGCACGCGAUGCAAAUGGAUGCCCAAGUGCCACCUGGCGGAAAGCAGCGUCUAGAUGCAACAAACCUUUUGGUAUUUUCAAGAAGACAAGGUCUAGAGGCUCCACGAGCACCUCAGCUCCCCUGUCCCAACUGUAAUGCGCUCAGCUCCUACUGGGAAUGUUUUUGCCCAUCCUGUGACUUUUCGUUCCCUUGGUGUGCAGCAACCGGUCUUCCUGUUCGCUACAUCAGCUGCAUUAUGCAACGCAAGUCUGCGAUUGAGAUCGGAGGACACCGGGAAGGCAGGCAUUCCGAAAUGCCGGUACAAUCGCUAACCCCAGAAGACAGAGGAUGGAGCUCCAUCCUCAGCGUUAAUCCUGAAGACAUUCUCUGUCAAGCAGACUGUCUCAGCGAGCUUGUUUCAGCAUAA